AUGACUGCAGCCAAGGUACCGCUCAUCCACAGGACGCCGUUCUCCGUGGAAGACAUUCUGGACCCCACGAAGUUUACAAGGAGAAUAACCAGAGCUGAGGAGGCAGCAGCUACAGAUGAACCCGGACCCGCAGGUGAGAGUCCGGACGAGGAGGCUCCGUGUCCGGGGAAGCUCCGGAAAAGCCGGCGCAUCCGCACCGCGUUCACGCUGGAGCAGCUGCGCGUCAUGGAGCUCAGCUUCCAGAGGUGCCACUACCUGUCGGUGCUGGAGCGGCACAACAUCGCCUCGGCCCUGCGCCUCUCCGAGACCCAGGUCAAGAUCUGGUUCCAGAACCGACGUACCAAGUGGAAGAAGGAGCGUCUGCAGGGGAAGGAGGCCGAGGAGGAGGAGCAGCAGCAUCACGGCUUCACGUCGACCUUCUCCGCUCAUCCUCUGACCUACAGGCCUCUGUGCUUCCAGCAGCGCGCUCCGCUCCAGCUGUUUGCGCCGCUGCCGCUGGUUCCCUGUCACCACUACUGCACAUGAUGCGUAAAUGCGCA